CUGCUUCCGCAUCGCUGCGCUGCACAUCCUCCACGAUGGCGAGCGUGCUAUCCGAACGACAACAAGAUGACCUGCACAAGGCUAUGCUCGACUACUUACACAGUGCGGGGUUUACGAGAACGUAUGAGGAGUUUAAGCAAGAGUCGGCCCAGGCCGACUUCCAACCUGACGCAGGGCAGAAGACAGCGGGGCUUCUCGUCAAGAAAUGGACGAGUGUGAUCCGGAUGCAGAAGAAGAUACUUGACCUGGAAUCGCGACUUGCCCAGGCCCUCCACGACAACAUGCAUAUGGCCGCCCUCCCAUCCGGUUUUAGCAAACGCAACAACCCAGACUGGUUGCCUAGCGUCGGCCCCCCAAAGCAUACGCUCACCGGACAUAGAGACAUGGUGAAUACCGUCGCGUUCCAUCCUGUCUAUUCUGUCCUCGCGUCCGGGAGUGACGACUGCACGCUGAAGGUGUGGGACUGGGAGACGGGCGAGCUGGAGAGGACGCUGAAGGGCCAUACUAGGCGCAUCACGGACUGUGAAUAUGACUCAAAGGGGAAGCACCUCGUCUCCGCAUCCUACGAUCUCUUCAUCAAGUUAUGGAAUGUCGACAACGACUAUCAGAACUUCGCAACGCUCAGAGGACAUGAGCAUUCUGUGUCGUCGGCGCGCUUCCUUCCCGGCGACGAUCGUGUAAUCAGCGCGAGCCGCGAUCAGACCGUCAGGAUAUGGGAGAUCGCCUCGACGCAUUGUGUCAAAGUGAUCAAGCCACAUCCAGAUUGGGUCCGAUGCGCUCUUCCGAGCCUCGAUGGCCGAUAUAUCGUAACUUGCUCGAUGGACCAUACUGCCCAAGUCGUAGAGCUUAGCUCGGGAACGACGAAGGCCGAGUUCCGAGGGCACGACAAACCCGUUGAAGUUGCCGUAUUUGUUCCUCGCGCGUCUGUCCCAGCGGUCCGUGAACUCGUGGGACAGAAGACAGGUAUAAAACAGCCUGUCAUUACAGAAGGCAUUGCAAUUGCAUAUGUCAUGACCGGCUCGCGAGACAAACUGAUCAAGAUUUGGGAUGCGAUACGAGGGCAAUGCCUUCACACACUCGAGGGGCAUGAUGACUGGGUGCGGUCCCUUGUUUUCCAUCCCAACGGAAAGUACCUUCUCUCAGCGUCGGACGACCGCUCAAUCCGGAUAUGGGAAAUUAAGACGGGGCGAUGUAUCCGUACCAUCGCGGCGCACGAUCGAUUUGUGUCGAGCCUAUCGUGGGGGCGGCAGGCGACCGGCACGGAGGAGGGCAAGGAAGGAGACGCAUCGAACUUGAUGAAUGUGCUCGUGUCUGGCAGUUCUGACCAGACGAUCAAGAUCUGGAUGCCAUGAUGCGCUGUUUACGCUAUGUUUGUUCGUUCGUCCGCUCUCCGAUCCCUUAGCAUAUUUUGUGCUUUCGCAUCUGCAUGAAUACCUACGUUAUGUUAUUGAAUGGAAACAUACCCAUUUUUGUAUUGCCCGCCUCGUGGGCACUGCUCC